AUGCACGUAACUACAUCUGAAUCGGCAAAGUUUACCUGUUUUGCUGAAAAUGAUGUUGGAACUGCAAAAAGUAACUCAGUUGAUGUCAAUGUAAAUGGAGGUUUACCUGUGGUUGUCGCCGGUGUCCAAAGUUACAAUACAACAUACGGGAAAAAAAUACAAUUAGACUGCAGUUUCGUAGCACAUUCUGAUGUUCUACUUGUUUACUGGCAGAAAAACUAUAAAAACGUAAUAACCACAAUAUACAAAGGUGCUGUAGGGACUGCGGGAAUAACACAUACUUUUCCAUCACUAGUCUUAACCAGGCCAACAACAGCUGAUUCAGGAAUAUACACAUGCUUUGCGACAAAUGUAGCAGGAACCCAGAAAAGCUUACCAACGACGUUAAUUGUAGAAGGAGGCAGACCGAUAAUAAACAUAACAUCAACGAGAUAUACAGCAUUCUAUGGUAAAGAGAUAACACUGAAAUGCAUUGUAUUUUCCAAUCCUUUACUUACCAGCGUAUUCUGGCACAAAAUCAAUAACCAUGGUCAGGUGAAACUUAUUAAAAACGGAGAACCUGGGACGUCUGGUUCAUCUGUUCAAAUACCAUCAUUAACGAUCAAAUUCGCUACGCCUGCAGAUGAAGAAAUUCAUUUUUGUUUGGCUGAAAACAAUGCAGGGUUAGCUGAUAGUCGACCUAUUAAACUUAAUGUACAUGCAGGUAAUCCUUUACAAGUAUACAUUUACUUAAAAUAUGAAUAUUAAACUUAAUAAAAAAAAACCAAAAGUAUCAACCUUAAAUUUGCCAUUAAAUGGUAAAAUCAUUGCAUUAAAAAAAUAAUAAAGACCAAUUGGAGAAAAGAAUUUAUUAUU